AUGGGGUUUCGAAUAUUAAUUGCUGGCUGUCCAAGGUCUGGCCAAAAGCAUCUUGCUUCUCGUCUGCUUCACUGUUUUGUUGGGAAUGUUGAAAUACAAAAAGUCGAUUUAGCUACAACUGCACAAGAAGGGCAUGGUGACUUAAUUCAAGGAGUAACUGAAAUUUUGAUGAAAUGUGCAAGCAUGGGAUCAAGUGUAGUGUUUAUUCCAAAAAUAGAUUUGUGGGCUGUAGAGACCAUUAAUCAAGUUUCUGAGGAGAGCAAAUCAUAUUCACUGUUAGCUCAUGCAUCCAUGGAGGAAGAUCCUCAACUUGUUGGAAAGGAAAAUGAAUCAUCUGAGCAGCAAUCUGAGUUUACUGAAACAGCAGAGGGUACAGCUGCUGUCCAAAGUGUCUCGCAUACCUGGAGCUCAUUUGUUGAGCAUGCGGAGUCUAUUUGUGUGUCUACAUCCUUGAUAAUUGUGGCUACUUCAGAAGUUCCACACAUGGAACUCCCCGACAGAGUAAGGGAAUUAUUUAAGAGUGAUUUACCAGAUUGUAGUCAGAGAACUACAUUAGGGCACACGGUGACCAGAUUCACAGUGCAUCUCGGCAAGAAUUUCAACCAUGAUAUGGUUAUCAAACUGUCUGCUGCAGAGCUAUCAAGGGAUAUCCUUCAAUCUUUUGUUCAUUUAAUUCAUCAAAAGUCUCAUGUCCAUGAAGAUUCCAAAAGAAAAAAUUAUGUCCAAACCCAUGCAGCUGCAGAAAAUGAUGAUAAAUCUCAUGAUUUGGGUCGUGAAGUUGGUUCACAAACUUAUGGUGAUUUGUCCGUCACAGUGCCGGCAGAGUUGGCACAACCAGCCAACAUUAGAAAUUUGAAGGGCAAAUCAAACUUGAGGCUGGCAAUAUCUUCAUUUGGCUAUCAAAUUUUGCGAUGUCCUCAUUUUGCAGAGCUUUGCUGGGUGACAGCAAAACUUAAAGUGGGUCCUUAUGCAGAAAUAGGUGGCACCUGGAAGGGCUGGCCAUUCAACUCUUGUAUCAUUCGUCCCACCAACUCAUCGGACAAGGAAACGGUUGCUUGUGGCUCCAGCAACACUAAAAAGGAAAGAGAAAUUUGGUUUGGUCAGAGGUCUGGUUGCAGUUGGUUUAACAGCAUACAGAGGCUUAUAUGCAUCACUUAGAGAAGUUUCCUCUGAGGUGCGGAAGGUUCUUGAGCUACUAGUUGGGUGGAUUAAUGCUAAAGUUAACAGUGGAAAAGACAGAUAUCAGUACGUUCAUAUUCUGUCUCAAGUUGCUUAUUUGGAAGAUAUGGUUAACAACUGGGUUUAUUCACUGCAGAGUUUAGAUCAAGAUCUUCAAAUAAAAGCAGCAAGUCCCAUAUGCUUUGGGAUCUCAUGGUAAUUAUUCUACAGGUAUGAAUGAUACAGAUAGAUCAGGAAGUUGCCCUGAAUCCAAAGGUCCAAGUGCAAACACCAAGGAAUCUGCUGUGCAAAAUACUGAUUUCAUUGAUUUAAACAAAAAGGAUGACAACGAGGAAAAAGAUGAACUUUUUGAAGAAGCUGUGCAGGGGAUAGGCAUCAGUGGUAAUAACAUUUCAGAUGAGCAUCUUAAUUCUUCUCCCGCCAACCAACCAGCUUGUGUAGAUGAGAAGAAUGCGACAAGUAGUCUGUGUGCAUCAGAAAGUACUAGAAGUCGUAUAGUUGAGGGAGAAUUAACUGCUCAAAAUACAGAUUCCAUUGACUUGAACAAGAUGGAUGAUGAUUGUGAUUCUAGUCACAAGGGAGAAGUUGCUGCAGUGGAAGAAGCUGUAGUGAAUGUAAGUCUCUGUGAUAAUACUAUUUCAGAGCAUCAUAACUGUUCUGUGGCCAAUGAUCAGCUUUGUGUAGAUGAGCAGAACAGGACAAUGCCUGGACCAAGUGGUUCAGUAAGUAUCGGAAAUCCUAUGCUUGUGGGAGAUCCUUGGUCUUCAAAACAAUGUAAUGGAUUUGCACCGAGCAAAAAUGUACUUUCUGAGAAUAGAUUUUGUAGUUCAGAUGAACUAGACAGUGUAAAGUUCUCUGGUUCUGGGAAACUUGCAACCACAUUAAUGCUUCUGAAAUUGAGAUCACUAUCACACCUGAACUUGGUAAGCCUGACGAUCAUGAACACAAAAAAGAUCCCGAUUUCACUUCGAAUGGAACUGCUCUUCUAGCUGAACCCAAAGUUACAUGCUUUUACCGUUGCUGCUCUGGCUGCCUACAUACCCUCCUUGGUUUGAUGCAAAAGCUUCUGCUUAAGGAAUGGAAAUCAGGUGAUGAUCGUUGGACAGUAGAUGAUGUUUAUGAUACAGUUGCAUUACUGUCUAUGGAUCUUCUUUCAACUGUCAGGAAAGUUUAUGCUACUGGAUGUAGCAUCAAUAAAUUUGAUGAAAACCUGAGUAAUGAAAAUCAUG